AGUGGAAAACACUUUCCUUGGGCGCCUAGUGUGGGGAGGACAUUGCUGGGGUCCAGACUCCCUCCCUACCCACGAGUGCCGCGCUCUUUUCACUUUUAUUCCCCCAGCCUCCCCGGAUCGGCGGCCUGGAUGUGAUCGACACCAUGAAGUUGCCCCAUAAUCCUCUCUGGCAACAUAGGAUGUAAAAUUUGAUCAGCUCAUUGGAUGAAGCCGACAAGUCCCAAAUAUGUGUGAAAAGGGGGCUAAGAGGUAGGCAAGUGCCGCGUUGAGGCAAAGCUCCUGCCAGCCCCCCUCCGAGAUACCGGUGCUGCAGCCGCGGCGCUAGCGGGGGCUGGGACCUAGCUGCGGAGCCGCAGCGGCGGCGGCGGCGGCGGCGGCGGCGGCGACGGCGGGGAGGCCGCGGCGCCAUGGGGGGGUCGUAGGAGCGGACCGCCGGGCCGGAAGGGGGCAACGCGGAGACGCGGGCGGUCGCGGGGUUAUCUUCGCUACUGCGGAGGAGACAGCGUCCGCGCCGUUGCCGGUGACUGAGCCGGCGGGCGGGGCGGGGCGUACACCAGGGCCGCGCGCCGCUAGCGCCGUAGCAGUUGGCCUCAGGGCCCCGCCGCCCGCGCGCCCGCCCGCCUGCCCGCCGGGCGGCGCACGCGAAGGAGGCAGCGGCCUCAGAAGGAGGCGGGGAGCUCGGAGCAGGAGGUGAGGAGGUGGAGGAGCAAGAGUAGGCGGCGGUGGCGGCGGCUGCGGAGCAGGAGGCGGUGGUGGAGGUGCGCGGCCUGAAGAGGAGGAUGGAGGAGCAGCAGCAUGAGGGCGAGGCCGAGGUCGCGGAGCACUGGUUUUCCAAGUGGGAGCGCCAGUGCCUGGCUGAGGCCGAGCAGGAGGAGCAGCUGCCCCCCGAGCUGCAGGAGGAGGCGGCUGCAGAGUUGGCGGGGCUCAAGAGCGAGAAGCAGAAGCUGUGGCACCUCUUCCAGAUCUCGGCCACCGCGGUUGCUCAGCUUUACAAGGAUUCUGGGUGUCAACAGCCAGGACUUUCCAUGUGGGACCCCUUCCAGAAUGCAGCCAUGGCCGUGACCAGCCUCUACAAAGAGAGCGGGGAUGCCCACCAACGAAGUUUUGACUUGGGUGUCCAGGUUGGCCACCAGCGUCGCAUCAAAGAUGUGCUGGAGUGGGUGAAAAAGGGCCGGAGCACCAUUCGUCGCGAAGACGUGAUUAGCUUCCUGUGUGGCAAAGUGCCCCCCGCUCCUCCUCCGCCUCGCACUCCUAGAACACCUCCGAAGCCACCCACUGGGGCCGCCAGCCAAGCUGUGGCAACUGAGUCCAGCUCAUCGGUGGACGUCGACCUGCAGCCCUUCCAGGAGGCGAUCGCCCUGCAUGGCCUCAGUGGCGCAAUGGCCGGCAUCAGCAUGAGAUCCGCUGACUCGCCUCAAGACAGCAGUGUCGCCAGCAGUGGGCGCCGAAAAAGUAGUUUCUUGGAGGAUGACUUGAAUCCCUUCAACUCAGAGGAACUGGCCCUCCACCUGGACAGUGGGGGGAUCCGCAAGCGCACCUCGGCCCAGUGCGGUGAUGGCAUCACAGACUCCCCAAUCCAAAAGCGCAACCGAAUGGUCUAAACUGCCUCAUUGGUUGCCUGGCGCCAUAUUGCUUGAGAAUGAACUGAAGCAUCAACACGCUUGUCUAAUUGUUACUGGAGACCGUCUUUCUUCCUUUCUCUAAGUUAAACAAAGAUUUCUAUCAAUUUUGCCAUAAAGAAACUUUAAAAAUAUUCCAGAAGAGGCUUCAUAUGACUCUGACUUUCCAAAAAUGUAAUCCUAGCAGAGAAUAAAUAUGUAGUAGUUAGCAGGAUCAUUUAAAGCAAACCUAUCUGGUCAAGGCAGGAGCCUGAUUUAUCUUGUUCACAGCUAUAUUCCUCAGCACCUAGCACAGUUUCAGGUGCUCAAUAAAUGUUUGUUGAAUGAAUAAAUUUGACCUUAUUUAUUCUUAAAGGGAAGUCAUAGAAGGUGUUUACUUGGUUCUAGAAUACUUUUUUCUUUGGUUGAUUGUUGGCUUUAAUGGUAUUUGCCAAUUCAUUUGCAUUGUAUCAAAAUGUAAAACUUGACGUCUUUGUGCAAUCUGGAGGCUUCCAUUUUUAUCUCACUGUACCAUGCACCUAAUUUCUAGAAAGAAACUGCAAGUAAUACAUAUUAGGCUGUGAUUUUCUAAUUUUGAAAAAUAGUUGGUUUUGGUGAUUAUGUGAUGCUGCAAAGAGGUGCUGUGGUGGCUGUGCAGGUAUUACUUGAUAUUGAGUCAAUUCAGGGCUCUUUUGGGGAAAACUAAACCAUCAAUUGAGAUCUUGAUAAAAUAAGAUGGUGGCUCAGUGGUGCUGUUUUUUUCUUAGGAAUAUAAAAAGUUCCUUUUUUGAGGUUACAUCUUUUUAAUAAUCUCUGUUUUGAAGUGGAAGACCGAGUAGUCAGAAUGAACUUCUGGGUUUUAAUUAAGAGGACAGCAUGGUAUAACUAAAAGAGUAUGAGCUUCAUUUUAAAAGGACCGGCAGAAUCCUAGCUACAUAAAUUAACUGCAUGAUUUUGAGCAAGUUAUUUAAUGUCUAUUGCCCUCAGUUUUUCAUCCAUAAAAUGGAACUAUGUGUCUCCUAAGGUGGUUUCGAGGAUCAGGUGAAAUUUAUAUUUCGAGUGUCCAGCACAAUGCUUGGCACAUAAAGUACUCAAUAAAGGUUAUCCCUUCUCUAUAAAUAAAAAUCAAUACAACAUUAAAAUCAUUAUAUUUUAGAAAAAGCAGAAAAAUAGAUCAGUUUUAAAAUCAGCAAGUAGAAUCUCUGUGUUUGAACUGGAAACUACUCUUCGACAUUUGAAACUUGCCUAAAUAUCGCAGAUCUUGUAUAAGUGUGUUGAGCUCAUGAGCACUCAGGAUCACCAAUCUGGAUACUAGGGCAGUGUUGGAGUGUCUGAAGUAGCCUGAAGGAUGCGCUUUGCAACCAGGAGUAAAAAAACAUCUACCUCCUCUACUCUGAAAAAAUAUGAGAAGGAGGGUGUAAGGGUAGGAGAAAAUUGGAAGCAAAGGUCCUAGGGCACCUAAAAGGCUAACAUGCUUUUGAAUGAGGGUGGGGUGGUGUUGAGGUGAUGAAGGAGGUAGAGCAGGUAUGGGUCUGGGGUU